UGUUGCCGCUGGCUUGACGCUUCAUUACUACUUGAGACCAGAGUCAGACCCUUGAGUCACUAUGUAACAGCAGAAGCCGAGCUUACCAAAUUACAUAAUUGUAUGCAGGUGAGUGUUUGGAGCUGAAUGCAGAAGAUUGUUGCAGUGCUUGGUGGGGGGAUUGGGGGUCUGUCGGCCUGUCAUCAUCUGAGCAAGAGUCCUAAUGUUUCCAAGAUGGUGCUGCUGGAGGAAUCUGGGCGAUGUGGGGGUUGGUUGAGCUCCACACGGAGGGAUGACGGGGCAGUGUUCGAGCAUGGACCACGAGGGGUGCGACCUGCAGGGGCUGUCGGCCGGAACACUUUGAAUAUGGUCUCCGAGUUGGGUCUCGAGUCUGAAAUCCUGCCAAUUACGAAGGAUCAUGUGGCGUCUAAGAACCGCUUCUUGUAUGUGAAUGGACAGCUGCACAAGAUGCCAUCAGGAGCUGGUGGGGUUUUCCGCACCAUCCCUCCUUUCUCUCGUCCCAUGAUUCAGAGCGUUCUGAAGGAGAUACUGAUCAGUAAAGGGAAAGAGGAGGAUGAAUCGGUGCACGCGUUUGUGUCCAGACGUCUGGGUUCUGAGAUGGCAGAUAUCGCCAUAGACAGCCUGUGUAGAGGAGUUUUUGCUGGAGACUGCAGAAAGUUGAGUGUACGGUCCUGUUUUCCACCUCUUUAUAAAGCAGAGCAGUCUCGGGGCUCCAUCGUGCUCGGCAUGCUGAUGGGUUCAGGAGGUGGUCCUGAAGUAGUCCCUUCAGACUUGGCAAAGAGAGCGUCUAAAGAGUCCUGGACUCAGUGGUCUCUAAAGAGGGGCAUGCAGACACUCCCAGAAGCCCUGGAGGACAAGCUGAGGAUGCAAGAGCGAGUGGAGAUUCAUCAUCAUGCCAAAGUGAAGAGUCUGAACAUGGACGGUUCAGGCUGGGAGAUUAAACUAGAUGAUGGGACUUCUUUGAAAGCUGAUCAUGUUAUUUCAACACUGCCUGCAUCAGCUUUGGCUUCUGUAUUGCCCCCUGCUUCUCAUCCCCUGGCGGAACAGCUGCGAUCUAUCACUUCAGUUACUGUUGCAGUGGUGAAUUUGGAAUAUGAAGGCUUCAUCCUUCCUGUUACUGGCUUUGGACAUUUGGUGCCUUCUUCAGAAGAUCCAGGUCUGUUAGGAGUGGUGUACGACUCUGUCCCCUUUCCACAACACAGUCAGAGUGGAAAACCGACCACUAGGCUGACGGUAAUGAUGGGGGGAGCGUGGUUUGAGGAGACAUUUGGUAGUCCUGAUUCAGUGACGGACCAGAAGCUGUUGGAUCGAGCCACCCGGGCCGUGACCUCUCACCUGGGCGUAACCUCACAACCUGUAUGGAGCCUUGUUGCUUUACUCAAGAACUGCAUUCCGCAGUAUCAUUUAGGACACUGGAAACGACUUGAAAAGAUGAGGCAAUACAUCAGCAACCACAAUCUGCCCCUUACACUGGCGGGAGCUUCCUACGAUGGUGUCUCUGUCAAUGAUGUUAUAUUCAGUGGGCGGACUGCGGCUGAGGAUCUCGUUGGAAAAGUAUGACUUGCACUAACUUGGUUUUGACGGAGUGAGAUGCUUUUAUUGAAGAUUUUAUGUUUUGAUUGGCAUUUUUUGUGAUUCCUGGGAAGGAUCUGUAAAAUGCACUCGAACAUAAAAACAACAUGCUUUACUUGAACCCUGGAUGGAAAAUGGACACCCAAUUGUUUAAAAAUGUAAUAUAUUAUUAAUAUAAUUUAAUAUUAAUUUAGUUUAUCUUGUUUCCAGUAAAAUAGAUUUAAUUUUUAAAUGUCAUUAAAAGAGAUACAUUGACAUACUUAACUGUUAUACAUCAGUUUUUGCUUUCUUAUUUUUUGUACUCCACUGUGAUUGGUUAGCUGGCCCAGUGUGUUGUGAUUGGCACCGUGUGUUCAGGAAAUGUCCCUCCCCUUACCGUAACAGCGAGUUUCAUCUGAUCAGGUGUAAAUAUGAAGGAGCCAUCAAUUUCAAACCAAUUCAGGCCUGAAUCAGAUUUUAAGGAUUUAAAGCACGGGCUUUGCAAGCAUGGAUUUUACAGGACAUUUUAGAUUGGUAUGUUUUUGGGGGAUUUUACAUUUAAGAUAUGAUGUUAUACACCAUUUGUCAGAAACCUAUGAUAAUACAAACAGCAAUUGAUGACAAAACCCUGGUUCAAUUUCCUAAGGUACGUGGAACAGCCUUGCAAAAGCAAGAGGUUACAUUAGCUAGGAGCCAAAUAGCUUUGCCCUUUGUUUACAUCGUAGCAACAACAUAAAACUUAUAAUUGGAACUGUUAAUAGAAAAUGCAACUACAAAUAAUAAGUUUUGAUCCACAAACAACAGGUUGUCCCUACAAAGUGGGAACUGCUCCAUUUCAGGUGAAGCUUUUGUGCGUAGCCUGCAUUGAUUUCUCUUUUGGAAGCUGAUUUCCAUGUAAUGUGCAGCACACAGAUAACGUUGGGAUUAUAAUGUUCAGGAACUGUUUUUAAAAUAUAUUUUAACCACUCUAAGUUCAUCAACCUUAAAAAGGUCAAACAAAUUAGUUUUGGGAAUGGGGUGGAAAAAAAUGUCUCUCUUUGACAUAGCGACAAUACUGUCUUCUCUAGCGCUGCUCAAUCAGGGCUUGUCUCCUUUUUUGAGUAUUCGUUUUAGUUCAUAGAGUGUGAAUUCUGUUAAAUAAAAUAUCUCCCUUUGAGCUUUGCAACCUUGCAGAUCUUUUUAUGCUCAAACAGCAACACUACUGACUAACUAAAGCAUAAUAGGACGCCUUGAAAAGAAGAAAAAAAGCAGCUGGCUUGGGAAGAAUAAACUUCUAUCUAUUCUCAUGCAAUUUUUUAAGCAGGUUUACAUAUUUUCUACUAAAAAAACUAAAUGUAGUAAAUGCUAUUCUCAUGCAAUUUAAGUAAAUGUUUUAAGCAGGUUUACAUAUUUUCUACUAAAAAAAAAUUAAAUGUAGUAAAUGCAAUGAAUGAGCCAUUAAAAUAAUUAAUUUUAUCAGUCAAAUGACCGUUCCGUGAUGUUCAUCUGUGUUGAAAAUUAAACUUGGAUGAGGUAUACAAUAUCUUUUCAUCAUUCAGUUUUUGACAUCGGGCUGAGAAAUUGUCAAUUGCUUUAGUAUCUCACCCAGAACUUCUGUUUGUCAGAAUCACGCUUCCCAUUAGGAAAGAUCACGUUGACCUAUGUUCAAAUCACCACAGCAACUAUCAAAAAUGGCCAGAGAUCUCAAAUGUUCAAAAUAUAGUGUUGUUUCUUCCGUUUGCCUGAAAGAUGAUGAUAGUUUUCAGGUAUGAUAGGACAGGCUGAGAUGAAGUACCAUUAAAUCAGGGUGCAUCAAGACAUUUUGCUCUGAAAAUGUUAUGCCAUUACACUGAAGUGGCUUCAAUGGCAUAUUUACAACUUCUAUUUUACAUUUGAGCCAAGUAGCAGAUUGGAAAUUGCUGUAACCAUCUGCAUUGUCACAACGUUUAGUCAAAAAGAUCAAAUUUCACUAUUACUCAGAGAAGCAGACUUUAAUGGGUGCUUGAGAGCUGUUGAUUUCACACAAAGAUGCAUUGCAAAGCAUUUAUCUUAAUGUGUCACACAGCUUCAAUCUGCAAUAAUGUUUUAUCUGAAAAAUGGGGAUGGGGAUGGUGCGAAAGACCCGGGUUCGAAACCACUGCAAGACACCAAUGUGUCCCUGAGCAAGACACUUAACCCCUAGUUGCUCCAGAGGCGUGCAACCUCUGACAUAUAUAGCGAUUGUAAGUCACUUUGGAUAAAAGCGUCAGCCAAAUAAAUAAAUGUAAAUGUAAAUGCACAGGUGUACAUUUUUCAUCUUCAUUUUCACAUUUAUUGAUCCACGUGCAACGGAGACGGAUUGUGUCGUUUUCAGCCUUGGGUGCUUAACUUUAUAGUGAAUGUGACUAAAAAGUAUGUCAAUGAAUUGUGCAUUUUGUAACAAUAAUAAUUCCAUGAAAAGCGCUGAUUUAUUUUGACAACCGCUCAAUAAAUGAUCAUGUAUUUUAUGCGAUUAUCUUGAGUGUGAUAAAUAAAGGAGAUGUUUGGUUU